CGGCUAUCUCAGCCUUAUAUGUUCAACCUACCGGCUAUCUGCACAUCUUCUCAUACCAACUCUUGCUUCUAUUUCAGACCUCUUGUUUUAUCCCUAGCCGACUGUUGAAGAGUGAGCAUGGUUCGGCCUGUGACGGAUGAUGAUAUCGGCCUAAAGGUGCUCCGCGAGGCACCAGCAGACACAACCCAGGCCAUUGACAUCGUUGCGAUCCAUGGCAUCGGGGCGCACCCAGAUGACAGCUGGUGCAAGAAUGUCGGCACUGCGGAGAACCCACAGUGGGUCAAUUGGCUCAACGAGGAAGCUAUGCUGCCAACCGUAGCACCAUAUGCGCGCAUCAUGCGAUACGGAUACCAGUCUCAGUGGUUUGGGGAAGGUGCGAUGCGACAAAAGGCAUCGACGGUGGCACGGCGGCUGCUGCUGGCACUACAACGGAAGAGAAAGGAAUGUCUAUUCCGCCCAUUGAUCUUUGUGGCGCACUGCUUCGGCGGGCUGGUUGUGCUGAAGGCACUCCUAGAAGCGCAGCAGGACGAAAACGGGUGGCCUGGUGUGUUCGUGUCGACUACCGGUUUAAUCUUCUUUGGUACUCCUUUUAGAGGCGCGGAAGGGAUGACUCAGAUGGAGAUGCUGGAGGCAGCGCGGAUGGAAUACCGGGAUGACGAGGUACAGCCAGAGGUCCUGAAAAUACUUGAGCCAGGCAAUGAGUUUCUUCAAGAGGUGGUCGACCAGUUUGGGAAGACGCGGAGGCUGGCAAAUAUGGCCCAGGUUGCAUGCUUCUACGAGCUUAAGUCAAGCAAUGUGGGGAAGAUUGUAGGAAAGCAGGACCGAACACGAGUUGUAGUGAGCGAAAGCUCUGGCUGCCUUGACCUGUCUGAUGCGACGAGAAAGUUCUCCCUCUCACGGUCACAUUUUAAUAUGAACAAGUUUAGAAAGCCUACGGAGGAAGACUUCGAGACGGUGGCAGAUGUUGUCAAGGAUAUGAUUGUGGUAUCCCAUAAACUCGUACUAGCUCGGUCUCAAUAUGACGGGAAGUACAAGAUUGAGCUCAGUCUCCGAGGUGUGCCCGUAGUGAGCCGAUUCGUCCAUCGAGACGCAGAAAUGAAGGAGCUUGAGCAACUCCUUCUUGAAACUUCACCCACGGCGAGUCGUCGAAACAUCGUCGUUGUCUAUGGCCUUGGUGGCAUAGGCAAGACGCAGCUAGCGGUCGAGUUCGCGCGGAAGCAUCAAUGCAGAUUCAGCAGCAUUUUCUGGCUGGACGGGUCCUCAGAAGCCAGUCUAAAGCAGUCGUUUGUACAACUGGUGCAAAAGCUGCCGCGGGACCAGCUCACGGCAGAUAUUGUAGAGAUGCUGGAUCAUUCCGUUCUCGAUAUCGAUGUGGUGGUACGCGAGUGUCUCCAGUGGCUAUCCGUCCCAUCAAACCAUGAAUGGCUGUUAAUAUUCGACAACGUUGACCGCGACCCCUACGAUAAAGACGACUCGCAAGCAUAUAAUGUGAAAAGCUAUUUUCCUCAUGCAGAUCACGGGUCGAUUCUUAUAACAAGUAGGCUAGCAAGCCUUCUGCAACACGGGGCAGGAGUCAAGGUUGGGACAGUCGCAGCAGAACAAGCACGUGCCAUUCUAGAGAACAAUGCUGGAAGGGGAAUUGAGGGUGAGUCUGCGAUUAAGCUUAGGAACUAA